AUGGCGCCAACUACAAACAGUCGGCGAUCGUCUACUUCGAGUAAUCCGAAUUCAAAUUCGAAUGCGCUCUAUGAAGAACAGCAGGCUUCCGACGAUAUCGCUCAGCCGGAUACCUCCUCCCUGUCAAGCCUUAUUCGAGAAGUGAGGGCUCGUAGAGCUGACUAUAUCCGACCGCGCCAGAUCCGCAUCAAGGUUGGAACCUGGAAUGUCGCUGCAAUAUCAGGAACGGAGAAGGAUAUCGAGAAUUGGUUUGUUGAAGGGAAGGAUAUAAUACACCAUAUGUCUGGUCAGGGAAGAGAAUACCAACAUGCUAAGCAGAAGAGGUCAUCCGCCGAAAGGCCUAUUGCCGCUCAAGCGCAUGAAAAUUUGGCGGAAAACUUGACGGAUGAGGUUGGGCUAUAUGUGCUAGGAUUACAAGAAAUAGUCGAUCUGUCAUCGCCGGCUGUAACGCUGAGUCCUUUUAACGACCCAGUUCCGUCGACUCGCUGGAAAGAUGUUGUGCAGGAAGCUCUUCCUGCUGGAUAUCAACUAGUUGCCGAAUCCCAAUUAGUAGGACUGUUACUCUUGGUCUAUGCCGCGCCCAAUGUUGCGCCCACAAUCACGUCCGUGAACUCAACCACCGUGGGCACAGGUAUCAUGGGCAUGGGGAAUAAAGGAGCUACGAUAACGCGUCUCGUGCUCGGAGAGACUACAAAGCUUGUCUUUGUCAACUGCCACUUGGCAGCAGGCUCUGAUAAGGGCAGCCUUGACCGGCGAAACUGGGACGCAGGUCAGAUUGUCAGUCGCACCAAGUUCAGCCCAAUUGGUGCGGAUCAUGAGCUUUAUGGCGAGCCUAGUGACACGAUUGCCAGCGCAGACGUUGCUUUUUGGUUUGGUGAUUUGAACUAUCGUCUAGAUGAUAUUCCAGGAGAGGAUGUCCGUCGUCUGCUUUCGUUACAUACCCAGAAUCCGUAUGAUGCAAAGCACAAGCACCGAAAGAAGCCAGACACCGAUCUUCCGUCACCCAUCUUAGUGGUGGACUCGGAAGCUGAAACCACUGACGAAGAGGUUCAGAAACAGACUGCUGAGCAGACUGCCGAGAAUUUAAAGCUGACUACGAAGGCCCUGGAAGCUCAAGCGGCGCAAACCACAAUCGUGCCUACAACAAUAGUGGAAACUCUAGAUCCCAUCAACGAUCCCACAUCACUCCUGACGACUCUCAAUUCUUUACUAAGCCAUGAUCAGCUUCGUACUCAGCAAAUGAAGAAGAAAGCAUUUCACGAAGGGUGGAGAGAGGGAGAAAUCCACUUUCUACCAACUUAUAAAUAUGAUGUAGGCAGUGUCGCCAUUUUUGAUACGAGUGAAAAGAAACGAGGGCCAAGCUGGUGUGAUCGUAUACUUUAUAGAUCCAAAGCGGACCACGAGAACUUCGAGAAGGAAGCGUUGGAAGCCGAGAAAUCACGGAAGAAAGAUGAAGAAAUGCAAACUCGAGGAAUAGACAAGGCGGCUGAUGAUGAAAACGUCUUGUUCGACUAUAAUCCUGAUGAGGAUGGUGAAGAAGAACCAGCUGAAGACAGCGACCGUGCUUCACAGCGUGCUUUGGAAAUUAUAGGAGGAAAACCAGAUCAUCCUGAGGAGAGGAUCAAGUUGAUACACUAUACCUCGCAUCAGGGUGUUCUUUCCUCUGAUCACAAACCUCUAGACGCAGCCUUUGUACUCACAUAUGAUGCCGUGGUUCCAGACUUGAGACGCCGUGUCUAUCAGGAGGUCGCUAAAGAAUUAGACAGGGCUGAAAAUGAAGCGCGACCUGAAGUGACGGUAAUUAUAGAUCCUAACAUGGAAGAGGAGGUAGAGAAUAUCCGCGACGUAGCAUAUGAUCAGAACGCGAUUUACUUUGGCGGAGUAUCGUUUGGUGUCCCGAUAAGCAAGAACGUGACAAUUGCAAAUACAGGAAGUGUACCCGCUACUUUCUAUUUUACGUCGAAGGCAUUGAUUAGCGAAAGCACGUUAGAAACGAAAGAGUCUAAGAGUGAACAGCAAGCUUGGAUGGAAGUUCACGUAGAAUGGCUGUCGGACGAAAAGGGGAGGGAGGAGAAAAAGGAACGGCGACAAAAGACAUAUACAUUCGCACCGGGGGAUUCGGCAGUGGCUGAUGUGACUGUGCAUGUCAAAGACCUAGAACUUGUACGGCCCUUGAAUGCAGGCAAAGUUAAGAUUGAGGAUAUUUUGGUGCUUCGAGUGGUGGAAGGCAGGGAUCAUUUCAUCCCAGUAUACGGGAGAUGGCUACCAACCUGCUUUGGUCGAUCACUAGAAGAGCUGACACAUAUUCCUGAGGCUGGUGUUCGCAGUUUGGGAUUCCCGACUUCGCUGGAGACCAGAAAUGCUGAAAACACCGUUCGGUUAUCAGCUCCUCGAGAGUUAUUCCGUCUUACGGAAGCGAUUUCACGUCUUACUGAGCAAGCUGUCGCGGAGUGGAGUAUGAUGAAGGGGGACGUACCAGAUGAGACACCUCCUUGGUUGAUUGGAGAUGACGGACUUUGCUGGCCGUUUGGCCGUGGUUCGUGGACGCUCAAAGACCCUGAUCAAAGAGCACCUUUUUUAUUUGCUGUCCGCGAAGCCCUUGAUACUGGUGCUUCAUUGAGUACCAUCUUUCCGCCCGAGUUAUCCUCGUUGCCGCGGUUAGAAAUUCUUGCUGAGACGCUUGUUUUCUUCUUGCAAACACUCAAGGACGGAAUCAUCAAAGCAGAAACAUGGAAGAACAUGGAACAGCAGCUGCUAGCGCGCGAGAGAUCGAAAGACCCCUGGCGUUCUCCCGAGGACAUUCAGUCGUGGGUGUUAGACAGUCUCGCAUCAUCCCCAGCCCAUAGCGUAUCCUUCACCUUUUUGACUUUUAUGUUGAAUCAAAUCAUCAACGAAAUCGCCCCAGCAUCAGACCCGUCAGCCUUACCUCCCAUGCUCCAACCACCAGCGCCACCAACACACACCGACUCGAAAACCCCACCCGAGAAAAUCACACCUAGCAUCUCAUCUCCAACCCGUCGAAAACGAACUUUGACCCUCAGCUCUACAGAUUCAUCUAGUAGAGACACAAGCCAGGAAUAUCCCGGCAUGGAAACGAACCUGAUCAACCCAGCCGAUCAAAGACGCAAGGACGUGGAAUUGAAAUUAUCGAGUAUAUUUUCGGGAUUAAUGAUAUCAUCUUCAGUACCAGCACCUUCUAAAGACAAAGAGCGCCGGGCAUGGGAAGAGAGGAAGAGACUUGUCGUGGAGGCCUUUUUGCAGCCUGUUAUAACGCCUAAUGUGGAACAACGAGUCGAUUAG